AUGGAGGCAGAUGAAGUUUGGGUAAAGCAGAUCAUUACAGGGAAAACAAGAUUGUGGGACAAGUGAAAUCACUGUAGGGCAGCCAGCCCAUAAGGUGACUGAGAUGGAUUAAAUAAAGGUUAAUGAAGAUAAAUGACAGAUCCACUUUAAUAUUGGGAAUGUGAUUAAAGCAGCCAUAAAUAAAUAUUAACACAGAAAAUAUCACACAUUUAGAAAUUCCAAUUUGCCAUUCACAAGAUGGCAGCACUCACACUCCGGAAAUGACGGCAUCACGCUUAGCCAUUCACAAGAUGGCAGCACUCACACUCCGGAAAUGACGGCAUCACGCUUAGCCAUUCACAAGAUGGCAGCACACACUCCGGAAAUAACGGCAUCACGCUUACUUAGCCAGUCACAAGAUGGCGAAACCUGGCCCUCCAGCCGCAGGAUGACGAAUUGUCCCCUAUCUAGCCGCAAGAUGGCGGCAUUUCCACAUCCAAGCGCCAACCAGCGGGAUCCGUAG